UAUAUACGGUGCUUUAAUAGUGACACCAAUCAGUUCGGGAUUUUGUUUAGGUAGUAGUAAUUGGUUGAUCUCUAGCGACCAUGAAAAAGUUGCUUUUGUCAGCGGUUCGUCUACACUGACUACUCAUCCAAAGCCUAUGGAUCAAGUUACAUUGAAGCACGCAAAUCUGUUGAUUUUGACGGGCUUAACACAAACGCCAACUGCUAAUCCAGACACAAUGCUUGGGGAAUUGUGCAUGACUGUUGCUGUGACUCUUAGAGCUGGUGGAUGCGUCUUGAUACCUUGUUAUCCCUCUGGCGUGGUGUAUGAUUUAUUCGAGUGUCUGAGCACUCAUCUGGAUAAGUCAGGCUUCACGCAAGUGCCUCUAUUCUUCAUCUCGCCUGUGGCGGAGACAUCCUUGGCUUAUUCAAAUAUUCUUGCUGAAUGGCUGUCAACAAAUAAACAAAACAAAGUUUAUCUUCCAGAGGAACCGUUUCCACAUGCUUUCCUUGUGAAGAAUGCUCGAUUGAAGCAUUAUACAUCUACAUACGCUGAAGGAUUUAGCAGUGAUUAUCGACAGCCUUGUGUUGUCUUUUGCGGCCAUCCCAGCCUUCGAUUUGGCGAUGCCGUGCACUUCGUGCAGUUAUGGGGCGGCAAUCCUUUGCAUACCGUAAUUUUUACCG